CUCUUCAAUAGAAAACUCUCUCUCUCUCUCUCUCUCUCUCUCUCUCUCUCUCUCUCUCUGUGGAACUGGCACUAAUGGAGGCUGGAAGAAGAAUGAUUUCAUCACCUUCUAUCCAUCCUCCAAAAACCCACCUCACAGUUUCUCUCUCCUCUUCAGUUCCAAUGAUUCAUGAACAAGCAGCCCCUGCUGUUACAUCUAUGCCAACUACAUCAAUAGCACAUCAUUUUCCUGCAUCCGUUCUUCUGCAAGAGCAGCGUGAUGAUUUUAGGCCUUUGCACAUUGGCAGGGAAGAUAAAACAUCACUGGCAACUCUGGAUAGGAGGCGGAUAGAGAGUGGGGUAGCAUUUUUCGAAGAGAAGAGAAGCUAUCAAUAUGAUCAAUACAUUAAAGACUUUGAACGCCAAUUGCUUUAUUGGCCGGGUUUCUGGUAUUUAUUGCCAUCGUCAUUAAGAGAGGAAAGAUCGUUGUUGCCUUUGUUGAUGGAACCUAUAGCAACUGAUACGGAUAAUGUUCUGGACAUUAAACCAAUGGGAGUGGCUCAGAACAGCCCCAAUUCUAUGAGACCCUGGGAUGUUCUUGCCCUUGCUAAGAAAGCGGCGAUGGCCUCGAAAGAAGCAGCCUCUUUAGCAAAAGACUGCAACUUUUUAUCAGCUGAUCUUGAUGAAUCCCUCAUCUCUGGUUUGGGGCCUGGAGAAUUUGGUGUUGAAGUUAUAGUUGAGGAGCAACCCACAGUAAAAUCAAGGCGGCUUGUCGAGAGGAAAUUGAAGAAACGCAGGGUUCCAAAGAAACCAAAAGUCGUUACCCACGCGGUUUCCAGUUCAAAAGCAAUAGAAAAAGGCAAAAAAAUAAAUUACGAGUUUGACCCAAACGAUCCCCUCAGAUUGUUCCUGUGGGGUCCAGAGACAAAACAGCUUUUGACUGGAAAAGAAGAGUCCGACUUAUUUGUUCAAAUACAGGAAUUGAUGAAAUUAGAGGAAGUGAAACAAAGGCUUCAGUCACAAUUUGACCGUGAACCGACACUUGUUGAAUGGGCUGAAGCCAUUGGAAUGAGUUGCCGAGAUCUGCAGUCAUGCCUUUAUUCUGGUAACAGAAGCAGAGAGAAGAUGAUUUAUGCCAAUUUCCGUCUUGUGGUUCAUGUUGCUAAACAAUAUCAAGGACGGGGUCUGAUCCUUCAGGAUUUAUUACAGGAGGGAAGUAUGGGUCUUAUGAAGAGCUUGGAGAAAUUCAAACCCCAAGCUGGUUGCAGAUUUUCAACAUAUGCAUACUGGUGGAUACGGCAAUCGAUCAGGAAGGCUAUAGUUCAGAACUCAAGGACGAUCCGCUUGCCGGAAAAUGUCUAUGGGCUCUUGACAAAAAUAAGAAAUGCUAGGAAAUCGUACAUUCAAGAAGGUCACCGCCCUACCAAUGAGGAAUUGGCCAAAUGUGUUGGCAUUACUGUUGAGAAAUUCGAAAUGCUGCGGCUAUCUACUAGAAUCCCAGUAUCGAUUCAGCAGCCUGCAUGGAUAGACCAGGAUGUCACUUUUCAGGAGAUUACGGCAGAUCCCAGGGUUGAACCACCUGAUCUCAGCAUCACUAAACAGUUGAUGAGGCGACACAUGCGCAACCUCCUCAGCAUUCUAACCCCAAGAGAGAGGCAGAUAAUUCAGUUCCGUUAUGGAAUUCAUGAUGGCGAGCGGAAGUCCCUUUCGAAUAUCGGUGCUCUGUAUGGAUUGUCAAAAGAAAGGGUCCGGCAAGUGGAGAGCAGGGCUCUGGACAAGCUCAAGCAGUGCCUCUCGAGCCAAGGGCUAGAGGCUUAUGUCAGCUUGCUUAUUUAAAGAUUAGAAAGAGAUUGACUAACAACAGACGACAGGAGUUCCCUCUUGCCAAGCACUGCAGAUUGUGUUACUAAUACUAGCGGCUAUGGUCGUCAUGCCCACUUGAUGAGAGAUGAAGUGGUUUCGUGGGAGGGGCGGAAAGCAGGAGUUAAUUGAUACUCUAGCAAAGUGGGAUGGUUGAUACUUAGGUGCUUUGAAAUCGAACAUAUUACCUUUCAGAAGAGAAGGGAAAAAGUUGUACAUGUUGCACAUAUCACCUCAAUCCAGCUGUCUAAGUUGUGCUAACAACAUUAGAAUGGCUAUUUUUCAAAAUUGAAAUUCAUUUAAUGUUUCUAAUCUCUGUUUAGUAAGCAUUUAUUCGUUG